CUGUAGCGGUUCAAAAUUCUACAGAAGAACCAACAAUAUUAGCUACGAGUACAACAGCUCAUGUGACUCCAGGAGUACAAACCAUAACUUUGUUGCCUCAAAACAACGUUAGCGUGCAACCAACAUAUGCAGUACCUCAAGUGAAUUCAACGCAAAUGCCAACUCUGAAUUCAGAGGAAAACUCAGUUAUACAACCCACGGCAACAUUAGCUCUUCAACAAAAUUUAACCGUUCAACCCACAGGUACACUUGUAGCGGUUAAAAAUUCUAUAGAAGAACCAACAAUAUUAGCUACGAGUGCAACAGCUCAAGUAAUUUCAGCGUUGAUACCAACUUCGCAACCGCAGUGGAUAACUGACCCUUCACCAUCAGACACAGGUGUGCGAUUUGCCUUUCGGGCGAAAAAGUACAAUUUUGAUCUCAAUCUUCUGAACAAAGACUCGGAAGUUUAUAAAAAGUUCGAGAGGGAGCUGAGUAAUGAGUUCACUACGAAUCUUGGACAAUACGGUGUUAAAGGUGUGACUAUAUUAUUUAUAAGACCGGGAAGUGUGGAAGUUACAACUGUUUUGACUGUUAAUGACAGAAACAACGUCUCAAAUGUCGAAGGAGCAUUGAACAACUUUAACCAAACUGGGAGAAUCGGCAACAUAGAGCUUGUUGGAAUUUUCUGGAAGUCUGAAGAUGAAUCCUGUCAGCCUCCUGUUGUUCGUUUACUGAAUCUGCCGCGAUCGGAAGAAAACAAGGAUGUUGGCAUUCUUCGCUCCAAAGAUUUCAUCGAACACACAUUCGUGAAUACAAGCUGUAAACCACCACAAAAGCUGUUGUUCGGGUGGCGUUUAUUCAAGUACAGUUUGAACCAAUCAAAUAACACUAUUAUUGAAAUGACAACCACGUUGGACUCAAAAACUGCAAAAUGGAAUUUGCAAAAACGACAACUAGAUUACGGUCUCUAUUUUGUGGAAUUUAAAGCAGCCCUUGAAAACCACCCAGAGGCAGCAAACAGUGCUUUGGGAUAUUUUCAGAUACGGAAAUCUCUACUAAUUGCUGAUAUAUUAGGAGGAAACAAAGUCACUCGUGGAAAGGGAAGUGUCAUCAGAUUGGAUGCUUCUGCAUCUAGGGACCCAGAUGUGGAGCCUGGUAACCACUCCUCCAUGGAUUUCACGUGGCUAUGCAAACGACGAGAAGAAAGUUUUCCCAAUAGCUCUCUGGCCUCGGUUCCGGUAGUUAAUGCGUCCUCGGGCCGAGGAAGAGGCGGUUGUUUUGGAACAGGUGUUGGGAAACUGAGUUCUAAUAACAUGUCGGUGUAUUUAGAAACCACUCAAAUGACUGCAAAUAAGUCUUAUGACGUCAAACUUGUGGUGAGGAAGGAUGACCGGGCGGAUGAAUUCGUACAAGAAAUCAAUAUUGUCAGCGGUAAUCCGCCUAAAGUAAUAAUCAGGUGCCUCCUAAACUGUGAUAAGAUUGCAAGUGCGUCGGCACGAAUCAGUUUGACCACCGAGUGCAUUGGAGAUCCUUGUAAGGGUACAAAACACCACUGGCAGUUAACCGUUGUUGACCCUGGUGGCGUUAACGACCACGUAGUGGAACUGACGGACAAAACAGAAACUAAUCUCAAUUCCAUUGGCAUUGUAAUAAAAAAGAACCAACUAAAAAAACUAAAACCAGGUUGGUUUUAUCGAUUGGAAGUCGAAGUUUCACAACAGGGUGGGCCCUCAGGAUAUGCCACUUACCAGUUCAGCAUUAACGACCCCCCCCAAAAUGGAAGUUGUAGUGUGACACCAACAAUAGGAGAGGCCUUGAAAACGCAAUUUGUCUUGGAAUGCAGAGAUUGGGAGGACUCACAUAAACCAAUUACGUACCAGUUCCAUUACAAAACCGAUAAUGGCCUGUACACAUUAAUUUCAUAUGGCUCAGAAAAUCUUGUUAGUACAGUGCUACCUCCGGGAAAGAAACAACAUGAUUAUAUGAUAAAGCUUGAAGUAACGGUAUCUGACAGUUUGUCUGCUGCAAAGAUCAUUGUUCUUCAAAUAAAGGUUACACCUGCAAAGAAAGAGAGUCUCAGCACACUAACUGUCGGCAACAGCAGUCAGUUCAACCAACUAGUCCUAUCAGGAGAUGUCCGUGGCGCCACACAACUGGCAAAUGCUGUGCUACAGAGCGCUGAGCAGACAAAGUCAACAACCUUCCAGGAGAAGAUUGCUAUUAAAGAUUCUGUUGUUGAGAGUGUGUCAGAAAUACAAGUUGGCAAUUUACAAACUUUGACUCAAGUGACGUCAGUUAUUGCAAGAGCAACUCUACAACCCAGCGAGGUAACAUUCCAUACCCAGAAACUUGCACUGAAAACACUCAGAUCCAUGACGUCAAUACUGUCAAGUAGAACGACAGAAGAUUACGCUUCAGAAUCUGUCUUAGUUGAUGAAGGAGGAGAGAACCUAGUACUAUGCCUCGGCAAUCUUCUCUAUUCCGCCGCUCAGAAAGCUGAUGUGGUCAGUCAAACAAAAAAGCCAGCGGAUAUACGAUUUAAGAGUGAAAACGUCUCCAGAGACACGGCGAAACUCAUUGAUGACGUUGCAACAGCUCUGCUGUCAAAGAUGCUAGUGGAUCAAGAAACUCGCCGUGUUCAUACUAGUUCCAUCGACAUGGAGCUGAGCCGGAUGAGCCCGCGAGCCAGUGCAAACUUCACAGACGAUGAUGAGGCAGGAUUUAAAUUUUCUCUUGAUGCCAUAAUUGAUGACAAAGUGAAAACCCCUGAGUAUGUUGAAAGCGUGUUGACGGUGAGUGCCUUUAAUCCAUUCACAUGGGAUAACAGUUCAGCUAUUGUCAGGGAUAGUCAUGUCCUUACUUUGAACCUUAAAGAUAACAAAGGAGAACCUUUUAUAGUCAGAGACAGCAAAGAGGAUAUAGAGAUCAAGAUUCCACGGAAACUGAGAUUCACUCCAGAGGAGAGAGUAUCGUUCUUUGUCAAGCCCAGCAGUGAGGGGAAAAUGCAAUAUCAUGAAAUCAACUCACCAGGUGAAGAAGGGAAUGCUUUACGGCUUCGAAUCACACCAGAAAGACCCACCAUCUUUAGAGUGUUUGUGCGACAAGGUCAGCGGCCAACUGUCACAGAAUACGACCUAACAAAGACAAUCCCGGAUGAGUCGUGUUCCACAUCUCCUCAGACUUGCAGCAAAGAAGCUUACGAUGUUGUCUUGUACCACAAACUGGUCAGUGAGGCGGGUAAAUACUACAUCGGUAUAUUGUACGAAGAAGGCAGAGGUACACCACAGAGACGACGGAAACGAUCAUGCUUCGGAAGUGGUCGGCAGAAGAGGUCGUGUGUGGAGAUUAAGGAUCCUCCAAAGCCCGAGAAUAAGACAGUAAAGCCUGUCUAUGACUCAAAGACAGACAUGAAUUACUCGAUGAACAUUUUGGAGGAGAGUUGCGUGUUUUGGGAGAGCAAAGAACAACACUGGUUAUCGAGAGGAUGUAGAGUAGGACGAAGAUCUGAUUCAAAUUCCUUGCACUGCCUGUGUAACCACUUGACGUCAUUUGGAGGAGGAGUCCUGGUGAUGCCCAAUAGGUUGGAUUUUGAUGUCGUGUUUGCAGAACUUGGACGACUCGACCAGACUGGAAACAUUGCCGUCCUUAGUGCGAUCAUUAUUGUGUUGUUGUUGUAUUUGCUAGUGGUCAUAUUCGCAAGGAAAGCCGAUAAACGAGACAAAGCUAAGGAAGGCCCUGCUUUCCAUCUACCUUUAACCCAAGGUGCAACUUAUGAGUACGAUCUGACUGUGGUUACAGGAGUUUGGAGAGAGUCUGGGACGGAUGCCAAUGUCGCCGUCGUUAUUCAUGGAAGCGAGGCGGAGAGUCAACCCAUAAUAUUACAUAAGAACAUGAUCAACUCGAGGACAAUUUUGGCUCGCGGAAACGACGACAAAUUCGUUAUUUAUUUACCAGUGUCACUUGGGAUUGUGCAAUACAUCCGUGUUUGGCAUGACAACUCAGGAAAAAGUCCUUCGUGGUAUUUCGGCCAUGCUAUUGUGAGGGACCGGCAAACAGGAAGAAAAUGGACAUUUAUCAGCAACAGUUGGCUGGCUUUGGAAAAAGGAGAAGGAAGAAUUGACAAGAUUUUAACACCUAUCUCUCGUCGAGAGAUGAAGACUUUUAAACACUCUCUUAACUCUCGAGGCUCAAAGAGUUUUUCCGAAGGACAUUUGUGGCUGUCUGUUGUAACCAAGCCACCGCGGAACAAAUUCACACGCGUCCAACGAGCUACAUGUUGUUUAUGUCUCCUUUUUUCUGCGAUGCUUGCAAAUGCUCUUUUCUACAGAACUGACGAGACAGCAGAUCCCACCAUACAGAUAGGUCCAUUAAAGUUCAGCUGGAGGCAGAUUGUGGUGGGCAUUGAGAGCGCUCUGAUAGUUACUCCAGUGAACCUGCUGAUCACAUCAUUAUUCAAAAAUAGUGCGAAAAAACCUUCAAAGAAAGUUGAUAUAACCAAGCUGGAAGAUAAACCCGAGCCUGUGCGACGCAACAGGUAUUCCUCCUUAAGCUGCGAACAGGACACAAGCUGUGAAAAAGUUGCAUGGAAAAAUGAAACUUCCUUCUGGACGAGGACACGAAAACGGAUGUGUGACAAGACCAAAUAGGACUUCUUUUGACCUCAUUUCUGUAUCUACAUUUCUUGGUUUCUAUGCUUUGCUACAGUAUCUGUAUCUGCAUUGUUUACUUUUUUCUUCAGCUUAAUGUGGGGAAAAGACAUUGCAAAUCAGUGGUUGUCCUCUAUGUUAGUUUCCUUCACUGAGGAUCUGUUUGUUCUUCAACCCAUCAAAAUAGUUCUUAUCAUGGUUCUAGUCGCAUGUUUCUUUAGUGACCGUGUUGACACUGACUUUAGUCCUGUUAAAAACCAUAAGACAACUGAACAAUUAACUCCCUUGGAAACAGAAGUUGCAUAUGACGCUCAAGGUAUAAUAGUUGAAAUGCCGGAGGAAGCUGUGCUUGAACAAGCCAGAGAAUACAGAGUGAAAGAAGAAAAGAUGUAUUCCUUUGGUAGAGAACUUCUCAUGUAUCUACUGUUCUUACUGCUACUAACAACCGUUUGUUACGGUAACAGAAGUUAUCAUGGAUAUCUUAUGACUAAGAAUAUUAAAGACAUCUUCAGUAAUUAUUCAUUGGCCAAAGACCCCAGGUUCUUUUGGACUUGGCUAAAUGGUCAGUUUGUGGACGGUAUUUAUGCUGGUGAGUGGUACAAUAACGACAGAGUCAAAGAGCAAGAGUACAUUGGUAACAAGAUGUCCAUUCUCCUAGGUGUGCCUCGUUUAAGGCAGCUAAGAGUACAGAAAGAUUCCUGCAUGAUCCCAGAGGAGUCAAAGGAGGUAGUAAGGCACUGCAAUGACUUCUACAGCCUCAGCGAAGAGGACAGAACUCAUUUGAGCCUACCUGGAUGGAGGCCAUUCACUGGCUCGGUUUCGUGGGCCAACCUUUCAGAUCUUUGCCCGGCCCCAUGGCGUUAUGUGACAAUGGAAAAGAUCCAAAACUCGCCAAGCUGGGGUUUCUUUCACGUUUAUGACGGAGGUGGAUACAUAUCAGAUUUAGGAUACAGUAAACUGACUGCUGAGGGAAUUAUUACUAACUUGCGAGAAUAUGGUUGGCUUGACCGCCAGACCCGCGCAGUCUUACUUGAAUUCAGCGUUUAUAAUCCCAACACAGGAUACAUAAGCAUAUCAACAUAUCAUUAUGAAAUACUGCCAACUGGGUAUGGUAAUCCUUUCGCAAAGAUCGACACGCUUCCGUUGACGAGCACGCAAACUGGUUUCUACCGCUUUUACCUGAUUUGUCAGUUACUGUUCAUUCUCAUGGUAAUCUUCUUUAUGCUAAAAGAGUUUUAUAAUAUCUUUAAGAAGAAAUGUUCUUAUUUUCGAAAUGCAUGGAACUGGGUGGAGAUUUUGCAAAUAAUGUUUUCUUUCCUGGUGGUAGUUUUCUACGUUUUAAAAUCAAAAAUGAUUCUGAAAAGUGUCGUUAAAGUGAAGAAAAACCUUUUUGUUUCUGUAAGUUUCGGGGAAGCCGUCGAUUGGAGCCAUGCGGAGAAUUCCGUAUUAGCUCUGACAGUUUUCACAACAACUGUGAAACUUCUGCGCAUGAUCCGAUUUAAUCCGCAUGUCAGCAUAAUGAUGUCAUCACUUCGUUUGUCGAGAGGAUUACUCGUGUCAUAUUCUGUCAUUCUUGCGAUUAUUAUUCUCUCAUAUGCUCAGUUUGGUAGACUGGCUUUGGGUGGGUACAUGUUGCAGUAUUCAUCAUUUCAAAGAACAUUGUUUACUGAAUUUGUUAUGUGCCUUGGUGGAAAAAUGGAUUUGGAAGACCUAACGCGAGCAAAUCGAGUUCUUGGUCCCCUCUUUGGAUUUUCUUUUCGUGGCCUUAUGUCUUUCAUUUUCGUCAACUUUUUCGUUGCCAUUUUUAAUGAUUCCUAUGAGGAAAUCAAAGACAACACGCACAAACAGUCAAAGAACUUUGAAAUGCAUGACUUUAUAUUGGAAAGACUGGGCGAACUUUUAGGAUUUAAAAAAGAAACUCAACGAGAAAAUGACGUUGACAAUAACCCUGCCACGCCUGAACAUACAGCACCUGAAAGUGUCUCGCAUGAAAAACUAACAUUUACAUCUGUGGCAGUCUCUUCUCAGAGACUUUGUCGUAUGGCGAGACGUAAACAGCCACGAAUCUCGAAAGAGGAGAACAGAAAUGAAAGAGCGACUGUAGUUAGGUUUAAGUGCGAGAGUACGGCGAAAAUGGCUGAUGUAGAGGCACGAAAAAGAAGAAUUCAGAAACUAAAAUGUGUCACAUCAAGCUUUUUUGUCAUGAAGUCCUUAACACGAGAGAGGAUGUUCAGGAGAAUGUCUGAUUUGACCGAUAAACUUGCAAUGGACGAAGUGGAACAAGAUAAAGAGCUUCUUUCCAUUAUUCGGUUUUUACUUCUAAUGAAUAGUUAUUACGACGACUGUUAUAGGAUGUGUAGUCCAGAUAAGACUUCCUCGUAUGAUGACAUCGCCAUAACUUCAUUGACAACACCUUCAUCCUCGCCAAUAUCUAGGAUCGACAUGGAAACAAGUGAACCAGGAGAAACGCUCGAACUUCUUCGAAGCAGAGAAACCUCGCGUCCGUUGCCGUAUCACUUAAGGGGUAUGGAGCUUCGUGAACAACUCCGAUCAACUUUGGCAACUAAAAGAGCUAAAAGGGUGAGGCCAAAGCCGUCCAAUUCUUUCAUCUACAAAUACUACGCGUUCCUUUGAUUUCAGGUUUUCAGGGGACAGCGGCACUUUCCGAAAAAUCCG